AUGUCUGUAACAAGUGAUCCGUUUUAUAAUAAUCGUCUUUAUCAUUUACUCACUCAACGAUCGAUUAAUUCAAAAGAUCUUUUACAAGAACUUAAUUCAAUACUUCAUGAACAACCAGAAUCAGCUGGAUUAUGUCAUCCCAUUGAAGGCUCUUAUUUUCAUAUUAUUUGUCGAAAUUCCAGUGAACAAGAAAAUGUUGCUUAUCGAAUGAUUUAUGCAUUGAGUAAUGCUGGCGCCAAUCCGAAUGUUACAGAUGAAAAAGGUAAUACACCUUUACAUGAAGUUCUUAUUCGAGGUUUUGUUGAUAUUGGACUUGAUCUUGUUCAGGCUUUAUUUCGUGUUGGAGUUGAUCCACGUAUUUUAAAUAAAGAAGAAAAAGCAGCUGAUGCUUAUCUGGAAGAUAAUCCACAAUUAACUGCAUUAUAUGCUGGUUAUGGAGAAGGAAUUUGGGCAGCAAUUGAAAUGAAUAAUAUUCAAGAAGCAGAACGAUUGAUAAAAGGUUUUAUAAAAGUCGAUUGCAAACAUAAUAAUAAUCAAACACUUUUGGAUAAAGCUCGUAAUUUAAAUUGUACUCAAAUAAUUCGUAGUCUUGCUGAUUAUCAAGUAACUAUUGAAUUUGUUCAUUCAAUUCUUGCAUGUGAUUGGGAAAGAACAACACUUAUACAUCAAUAUGAAGGUCAAUUUAUAAAAAUAAAUAUUUUCGAUUCUAUUCAUACAUUUACAUGGGCACGAACAAUAAAUCGAACAUAUUCAAAAUCUAUACUUGAAUUUUGUCUUGAUACAAAAUCAUUAGAACCAUUUGAAAUAAUAUUUAAUUCAUCAAUAUUAAAAUCUAAAAUUGAUGUUAAUAUAUUAUGUACUGAUGGUUUACCAUUUUAUUUUCAUAUGUUUGAAAAUU